AUGAAUGUGCAGAAGAAUGUGAGACUGACACUAGCCACUGCUUGUCGUCUGCAGGGUGGAUCUGAUGAGAGUCUGACAGCAGAGGAGCAGAUGUACAUUCUGUAUGACAUUAAACUCCAAUGCCACCAGAACCUCUCCACCCGCGACCCUGCAGAUGACCUUUGCCCCCCUGGUUGGGACGGCCUGGUUUGCUGGCCUCAGGGUUACCCAGGAGCUGUCACCAAGGUCCCCUGCCCCAGCUAUGUCUACGACUUCAACCACAAAGGUCACACCUACAGGAAGUGUGACAUCAAUGGGUCGUGGGUGUUUGUGGAGAGCCUGAACAGGACGUGGCCUAACUACUCAGAGUGUCUGGGCCCUGGGUUUAUGAAGCCAAGCAACGAGAGAGGGAAACAGAACUUCUUUGAGCGGCUGUAUGUCAUGUACACUGUGGGCUAUGCUGUGUCCUUCAGCUCUCUACUAGUGGCUAUCUUCAUCAUUGGAUACUUCAGGCGUCUCCACUGUACCAGGAAUUAUAUCCACAUCCACCUGUUUGUCUCCUUCAUGCUCCGAGCCAUCAGCAUCUUCAUCAAGGACCGGGUGGUGUACGCCAGCGCCGGCCUGCAGGAGUUUGAUGCGGUGCUCAUGGACAACUUCAAGACUGUGGCCAUGGCACCACUGGACAACUCUCAAUAUAUUGGUUGUAAAGUGACAGUGCUGCUGUUCAUUUAUUUCUUGGCGACUAACUACUACUGGAUCCUAGUGGAGGGCCUGUACCUCCAUAGUCUCAUCUUCAUGGCCUUCCUCUCUGACACAAAGUACCUGUGGGGUUUCACCCUCAUCGGAUGGGGGGUUCCAGCUCUGUUCGUGGCAACAUGGGCAGUUGUCCGGGCAACACUGGCAGAUGGAAGGUGCUGGGAGUUAAGUGCUGGGAACAUUAAGUGGAUAUACCAGGUUCCCAUUCUGACAGCCAUCGGACUCAACUUUAUCCUUUUUGUGAACAUUGUGCGAGUGCUGGCGACAAAGAUCAGGGAGACCAAUGCAGGGAGAUACGACACAAGAAAGCAGUACAGGAAGCUAGCUAAGUCCACCCUAGUGCUGGUGCUGGUGUUUGGGGUCCACUACAUUGUGUUUGUGGGGAUGCCUCACACCUUCCAGGGCCUCAGCUGGGAGGUCAGGAUGUACUUCGAGCUCUUCUUCAACUCCUUCCAGGGGUUCUUUGUAUCCAUCAUCUACUGCUACUGCAAUGGAGAGGUCCAGGCAGAGAUCAAAAAGACGUGGACACGUUGGAACCUGGCGUUUGACUGGAAAGGUCCGGUGGUGUGUGGCAGGUACCGCUACGGCUCGGUGCUCACAGUGCUCAACAACAGCACCAUCAGCCAGUCCCAGCUGGCCGGGAUUGGCCCUGCCACCCGAUCCACCACCCUCUUCUCCAGCCGGGUCUACCGGAGCAACGGACCCCCUACACUCAGCACCCAUGCCACCCUGCCUGGCUACGUCAUUAGUAACUCAGACCCAGACAGCCUCCACCCCUCCAUCCCUGAGGAACCAGAGGAGGACAGUGCCAAGCAGGUGGAUGACAUCUCUCUGAAGGAGACGCUGCCUGUUCUCAACAGUAGCAUGACCGCAGAUGAUGAUGAGGAGACGCUGUAGACAAGGGGAGAUACGGGAGGAUUUCCUGAAUCUUUAUAAUAUAUAUCUUGGCUGGGAAAAACACCAGGCCUUUGGGAUAGGGACCAAAGACUCCUGGCCCUAGACUUGGAACCGCAUGUACAUUCAUAGAGAUACAAAUGUAGUAGUGCUGUGCAGGUUGACUCAUAACCAGCAG